AUGGAGGAGCACACUGAAGCGCACGCUUACAAACCACUGCUUAGUCAAGAGUCCCUAAUUGAUGAAGUCGACUCAGAUUCUGACGAUUUAACUGUCAAGAAGAAACCUGUAAAAAAGCAAUAUUACAGACUACCAGAGGGGACACUGGAGCUGGCCAAAAUCAGCAAAGUGUUGAUGGCCAUGGAGCAGGGAAGAGUGACGGAAUUCGAAGGAAAGAGCCUCGACCAGAUACAAAUUGAGCCUGAAGGGAGAGCAAUGCACCCCAUGGUAGUGGCAGUGCCCCUUCUGAACGUGUAA